AUGGCCUUAUUACCUGAUAUUGCCGAUGAAAGUCAUGCUCAAACUUUUUCAUAUUUAGUUGAUGGUGUUAUACAUGAUAUACCAAUUGAAAUUGCAAGAGAAUUUUUAAGUAAUGAUUUAAAUGAAGAAGAAAUUAUUGAAUAUACUAAAUUUUAUACAAAACCAAGUGAUUUACCCCAAUUUAAACAACAAGUAUUAGAUGUUAUUAAUACAAAUACAACAAAUGCAACUCAAUUAUUUAUUUUAACAAUGACUAUAUUAGAUUCUAAAAUAUUAGCACCAACUUUUACAAAUUCAAUAACUCUUGUUAAAGAUAUGUCAUUAAAAGAAAGAGAAAAUUUAAUUAAAAGUUGGAGAGAUUCACCAAUACCAUUAAAAAAUAGAUUAUAUAGAAUGUGUGUUUCAUUAGGUUUAAAAACUUUUGUUACUAUAAAUAAUGAAUUACAUUUAAAAGCUAUUCAUUAUCCUGGUAAAGAUUUAAAAGAAAAAGCUUAUUCAACUCAAGAAAUUGAUCCUUUCAAAUAUGAUUUUGUUAAAAAACCACAAUUUCAAAAUUCUGAAAUAUAUUUACCUGAUAUUGAUGUUGUUAUUAUUGGUUCAGGUGCAGGUGCAGGAGUUGUUGCUCAUACUUUAGCAAAUGAUGGUUAUAAAACAUUAACUUUAGAAAAAGGUAAAUAUUUUUCAACUUCAGAAUAUAAUUUUAGUGAUUGUGAUGGUAUGCAAGAAUUAUAUCAAGGUGGUGGUGCAGUAAGUACUACGAAUCAACAAUUAUUUAUAUUAGCUGGUUCUACAUUUGGUGGUGGAACUACAGUUAAUUGGAGUGCUUGUUUAAAAACUCCAUUUAAAGUAAGAAAAGAAUGGUAUGAUGAUUAUGGAGUUGAAUUUGCAGCAACUGAUUCUUAUGAUAAAUGUCAAGAUUAUGUAUGGAAACAAAUGGGUGCAUCAACUGAAGGUAUUACUCAUUCAUUAGCUAAUAAAAUUGUUGUUGAUGGUGGUAAAAAAUUAGGUUAUGCAAGUAAAGAAAUUGAACAAAAUAGUGGUGGACAUCCUCAUCAUCCUUGUGGAUUUUGUUUCUUGGGUUGUAAAUAUGGUAUUAAACAAGGUGCUUCGGUAAAUUGGUUUAGAGAUGCAGCAGCUCAUGGGUCCAAAUUUAUGGAUAAAGUAAGAGUUUUAAGAAUUUUACAUGAAAAGGGAGUUGCAAAAGGUUUAUUAUGUUUAAAUGAAGAAACUGGAAUGGUUUUCAGAAUUUCAGGACCUAAAAAAUAUGUUGUUUCUGGUGGUUCAUUAAAUACUCCUAUAAUUUUACAAAAUUCAGGUUUUAAAAAUAAAAAUAUUGGUAAAAAUUUAACAUUACAUCCAGUUACUGUAGUAUUUGGAGAUUUUGGACGUGAUGUUCAAGCUGAUCAUUUUGAUAAAAGUAUUAUGACAUCUGUAUGUACACAAGUUGAUGAUUUAGAUGGUAAAGCUCAUGGAGCAAAAAUUGAAACUAUUUUAAAUACUCCUUUUUUACAAGCAGCAAUGUUACCAUGGCGUGGAUCAGAUGAAGCAAGGAAAGAUAUAUUACGUUAUAAUAAUAUGACUGCAAUGUUAUUAAUUACAAGAGAUACUUCAACUGGAUCAGUUACUGGUGAUCCAAAUAGACCAGAAGCUUUAUAUAUUGAUUAUACUGUCAGUAAAUUUGAUAAGAAUGCAUUAUUGCAAGCUUUAUUAAUAACAUCAGAUAUGCUUUAUAUUGAAGGUGCUAAAAGAAUAUUAAGUCCUCAAGCAUGGGUUCCAAUUUUUGAAUCUACAACUCCAAAAGAUCAAAGAUCAAUAAAGGAUAAAGAUUAUGUUGAAUGGAGAAAUAAAGUUGCUAAAAUUCCUUUAGAUACAUAUGGAACACCUUAUGGAUCAGCUCAUCAAAUGUCAAGUUGUAGAAUGUCAGGAAAAGGUCCUAAAUAUGGAGCUUGUGAUACAAAGGGGAAAUUAUAUGAAGCUUCAAAUAUUUAUGUUGCUGAUGCAAGUUUAUUACCAACUGCUAGUGGAGCAAAUCCAAUGAUUUCUACAAUGACUGUUGCAAGACAUGUUGCAUUGGGAAUUUGUGAUGAUUUGAAAGUUAAACCAAAAUUAUAG